AUGGCAACCUUGCAGCAGCCCGCCAACGACGCCAUGUCUCCCGUCGGAGAAAGUAGUGGCAGUCGUAACGGUAUGAUGGGCAAGAGGCUUACCGCCGCCAGUCUAGGCAACCGCAACACCAACCGCUACUCUGUCACAGCCCUCUACUCCAUGGCAGCAGAACAGGACGUCGAGGUAGAGGACGACCUUGCCCGCGCUCAGAAGCGUCUUCGAGAGCUCAAAGGCCGCAUCUCGGCCCAGUCCAAGAAAAACUUCGUUCUCGAACGAGAUGUCCGAUACCUUGAUAGUCGUAUCGCCCUCCUCAUCGCCAAUCGCAUGGCUCUCGACGAACAGAGCGAAGUCGCAUCCACACUUGAAGAGACCGACACGACAGCCGUCGGCACCUCGCUUGACGACCGCAAGACGCAGCAAUACGGCAAUCUCUUUUUCCUGCUUCAAUCGGAACCAAGGCACAUCGCCGCUCUCUGUCGCCUCGUCAGCUUGGCAGAGAUCGACACGCUGCUGCAGACCGUCAUGUUCACGCUCUACGGUAACCAGUACGAAAGCCGCGAAGAGCACCUCCUUCUAACCAUGUUCCAGUCCGUCCUCUCCGCCCAGUUCGAGACCGCCACCGAGUUUGGCUCGCUUCUGCGCGCCAACACGCCAGUAUCGCGCAUGAUGACCACCUACACCCGUCGUGGGCCCGGUCAGUCCUACCUCAAAAGCGUCCUCGCCGAGCGAAUCAACAGCUUGAUCGAGCACAAGGAUCUCAACCUCGAAGUCAACCCUUUGAAGGUGUACGAGCAGAUGAUCAACCAGAUCGAAGAAGACACUGGUAGCCUUCCACCCAAUCUUCCUCGAGGUGUGCCUGCCGAGGUGGCUGCUGAGAAUGGCGACGUCCAAGCCAUUAUUGCGCCCAGACUCACCAUGCUCAUGGAGAUCGCUAACAGCUUCCUUCAAACCAUUAUCAACUCGAUCGACGAAGUACCCUACGGUAUUCGCUGGAUUUGCAAGCAGAUUCGCAGCCUCACUAAGCGCAAGUAUCCCGAUGCCACCGAGUUCGCCAUCUGCUCGCUCAUCGGAGGCUUCUUCUUCCUCCGUUUCAUCAACCCGGCCAUCGUCACACCGCAGGCGUACAUGCUCGUCGAUGGCCCGCCUGCCAAACACCCGCGUCGAACGCUUACGCUCAUCGCCAAGAUGCUCCAGAAUCUCGCCAACAAGCCGUCGUACGCCAAGGAGCAGUACAUGAUGUCGCUCAACCCUUUCGUCGAGAACAACAAGACUCGCAUGAACGCUUUCCUAAACGCUCUCUGCGAUGUUGGCGACUUUUACGAGACGCUCGAGAUGGACCAGUACAUGGCGCUGUCGAAGAAGGAUCUGCAGAUUCAGAUCACGCUCAACGAAUUGUACAAUACGCAUUCGCUCGUGGCGCAGCAUCUCGACAUUCUUGCUCCCAACGACAAGCACCACCUUCGGAUCCUCAUCGACGAGCUCGGAGGCUCGCCGGGUCAGGUACCGCGCAAGGAGAACCGCACGCUGGACUUGCCACUCUUCUCGCGCUGGGAGACGCCCAUCCAGGACCUUACCACCGCCUUCAUGUCUGAGAACAACGUGACGCAGAACGACAUCCUGUACAUGGAGACCAAGUCGAUCUUUGUGCAGCUUCUGCGUUCCAUGCCGACGCUCGCCGAGAAGCGUCCCAUCAACCUGCCGCACAUCGCUGAGCGAGCUGCUACUACCAAGGACGCCACGUUGGUGCGCAAGGGUAUCAAGGUCAAGGAGAUGUUGCGCGAGCUUGAAGAGCUGAAGGUGGUAGACCGACGAGAUGGUUACAGCCUCAUGACAGACGAAGUGGCCACGGAGCUGACGCAUCUCGGAAACAUGCGCGAAAAGGUGAUGCAGGAGAUGCGGAGCCUCGAAGCGGUGUACAAGACCAUUUGCGAACACAACAACUACAUGAGAAGCCAGCUCGACACGUACAAGAGUUACCUGCAGAACGUACGCAUGACGAGCGGCAGCGCGAAGGACAAGAACGCCGGCGGUGUCGGUGUCAUUUCGGUCGGUGGCAAGGAGAAGAAGGCACCCAAGACGCAGGCGCUGGGGCCGUAUCGGUUUACCCAUGCACAGAUGGAGAAGGACGGCAUCAUCGUUGAAAGCAAUGUGCCAGAGAAUCGAAGGGCGAACAUCUUCUUCAACAUCACGUCACCUUCGCCGGGGACGUUUAUCAUCGCUUUGCACUACAAGGGUCGCGAGAAGGCAAUUCUCGAGAUGGAUCUCAAACUGGAUGAUCUGUUGGAGAAGCAGAAGGACGACGUGCAGCUGUUGGAUCUGGAAUAUGUGCAGCUCAAUGUGUCGAAGAUCUUGCAGUUGCUCAACAAGACGUUCACCAAGCGUCGUUGA